CGCCGCUAGAGGGCGACAACGUGCCGUGACGCUGCAGGACUGGAAGUUGAGAGAGCGCGUGCCCCCAACACAACCAAAACAAUGAAAGCUAUCAUUCAGAGGGUCACCAAGGCGACUGUGACAGUGGGAGAGGAGCAGAUCAGCUCGAUAGGACGAGGACUGUGUGUGCUGCUGGGUAUAUCUGUGGAGGACACCCAGAAGGAUGCUGAGUACAUGGUACGCAAGAUCCUGAACCUGCGGCUGUUUGAGGACGAGAAUGGGCGAGCAUGGAGCAAAAGUGUCAUGGAGAGGGACUUUGAGGUGCUGUGUGUGAGCCAGUUCACACUGCAGUGUAUACUGAAAGGCAACAAGCCAGACUUCCACUCAGCCAUGCCUGCAGAGUUGGCCCAGCCCUUCUACAACAGCAUCCUGGAGAACAUGAGGAGUACCUACAAGCCAGAGCUCAUCAAGGACGGGGAGUUUGGAGCCUACAUGCAGGUCCACAUUCAAAACGACGGACCUGUUACCAUUGAACUGGUGUCUCCUACUGGCCCCACAGACCCCAGACAGCUGUCAAAGCAGGAGAAGCAGCAGCAGAGGAAAGAGAAGACCCGCUCCAAGGGUCCCUCGGAGUCGAGCAGGGAAAAAGGCGCUCUACGUUCCAGACAGGACCCCAACGCCAGUAGUGGAGCUGAUGGUGACGUGUCAUCAGAGAGGGAGCCCUAGGUCAUCAGGAUGUCAAACAGGGGACAGAACAGUGAGCCCAGUUUCCUCAGGAAGGCCUUAAUCCUCAGUGACUGUUACACCGGAUCGUGGACUGUCCUCCUUCCUUUGGGAAUCAGCAGGAUUCUUUUUGCCUGUCGCAGAGCAUCAUCCCCUUGCUGGUGUCCUUGGCUUCUCUCCUCCAGAAUCAGACAGGACUGGCUUGGUGUAAAGUCUAGCAAAGUACAGUAAAUAAGCAAAGUCUAACCAAAAGACAGUGCCCAGUUUUCUUAGAUUGAUGAGGGGAGAUUGAACAAGGGUGCAUAGGAAGGGAGCAGACAUCAGCAGCUCUGUGUUGUGUGGCAGAGCAGCUUUCUGUGCUCUCUUACUGUCUUUUUCUUACAGCCUCUCCGUGUUUCUACCUCCAUCUAGCUCUGCCUCUGUCUCUGUCUGUCUUUCUCUUUCAGAGUCUCCCCUGCCCGUCUCACUCUCAGUCCGCCGUCCCCACUUAAUCUCUGCUUAGAGACAUGGCACCAACCCUGGAGUAUAACUCAGCUCCAAGUCCUUGGCUUAUGGUACAGGCACAAGAACAUCAGGACAGUGAUAUCAGUUACAUCAGAACAUCAGUAACAGCCAUAUGACUGCCACAUCUAUUGCACCCGUGACACCUCAAAAUUGAUAUACAGUCGUUUCAUGUAUAAAGUGUAUCUUUAAAGGUUAUUGUACCUAUUUCGAUGGACUGUUUUAAAGGUUCUGUAUGUGACAUUCAGGGCAUUAGUAUAGCAGCAAACCACUAUAGAAUAAAGUCACGCUACCUCUGUGUGUGUUUUAAUCCGAGCUUCUCUGUGGUUUGCUGUGGUAAGCCCGUCCGGCUGCACAUGCAUGUUGGUGCAUGUCUGUUUCCUACUGGCUAGUUCAUUGCCUUGCUUUACACUGCACUUAUGUGGCGUUUACCACUGAUAUCAGGCUGGCAUCGCUGCGGAAGCUUUGACACCAAUAGUUCUGUCAGCAUUGUUGUUGUUUAGCAUUGUUUAUGGAGCUAGCACCAUUAGCUUCCAGCCGCCGGCUCAGCCACCUCCAUGUUGAGAACCAUGUGCAGCUCAUAUGCUCUGAAUUUCGCAUUGAGCCCCUUCAAGGUCCAACUGAAACACAGAUCUGCUCUGUAAGUCUCUACAUAUCUAGCUUAGCAAACAAGCAUGCAUCUGUCAUGGAGUGAGGGCCAUGCUAACAUCAGUUAGCAGGCCAGCUAGUUAGCUGUUGUUGCUUAUAAACGUACCUGUAAAUGGAAACAUUGGACAGUUUGGAUGCAAAAUGCUGUUAUCUUUACUCGUCAAUACACUUGCCAACAAAAUAUUUGUCCUUAGCUAGUAACUAGGGUUACCAACAGAAGUUUGUUUGCAUUGUUUUCUCUGCGGUUGCUGCUCUGCCCACUCACUUGUGAAUCAAACACCUACACCGACUAAAGAAGCAUUUCUGAUGUACGUAUCUUACAUAUUUAAUUCCUUCAGUGUUUUAAAGAAUAUUGGCAGUGCAUUUAAAAAUCGCUCUAACAUGAAAGACCUUUGAUUGUCCUCAAGGUUUUAUCUUUCAUAUUUUACUUUUAGAUCUUUGCUUUAUUUUAGUUUAUACUUGGGGAUUUGAGCAUGUUUUUGGGGGUUUGUUAUGCUAUUUCUCUUACUCUUUGUGGUUACCAUGUUAUGUUCAUUUAGUAACUUUUACUGUACAGCACCUUGGUCAACUCUGGUUGUUUUUUAAAAGUGCUCUAUAAAUGAAUUUGAUUUAAUAUGAUUUGAUGAUGAUCUUAAAAACAUAUGAUAGUUGUGAUUUCAGUUGGACCUUAAAAAAGUAAAGACCUGAAUGUCUUUAGACAGUUGCCCCACCAGACCCUCACAGAAGAAAUGAUCGUUUUGACUGCAGGUAGUAUAGACUAUAUAUAAAGAUGGAGGACAUGACAGCUACUCAAAAGUGAAGCCAAAACGUCUUGAUCGCCCCCUGGUGGCUGGCUGCAGUAGAUGCCACAAACCCAGCCACCUCCAUGUUAGCGGACAGGACAUAGUCCAAACUGAGAGCUCAAAGUAGCGUCAAUUUUUUUUUCUAACGAUGGUUUCUGUCAUUUUAGGUCAUUCUUAUUGAGUUGAUUUAUGUUGAUUUAAGUGUUUGUCUUUCUGGUAAGUUUGGUUUUAAUUGGAUAUUUGAUGCUAUAAAAAGGGGGUUUGAUAUAUUUAUUGAUAGCUGUGUGUGUCAAUCGACAUGUUUGCGAGUGAGUUGGGCCAAUGGUGCUGAGUCAGGUGGGACCUCGAUACUGCGGCUUCACUUCCCGAUCACUACUGCUCAGACUCUGGCUCCAAAAGUGCAAGAUGGCACCACCUGUAUCCAGGAUAUUUUGGCUUCAUUUUUGUACAGUUGAAGGAAAUGGAGGUGCUUCUUCCAUCUUUAUAUACCGUCUGUGGAAGGGAGAGACAGUGCCACACUGCUCACUUCAGCUGUAGUCGAUUUAAUGUCUAGGAUCGAGUAGUUUCGUCUCUGUGACUACGAGUCAGUUUAUCUCACUUACAUGUACUUUGCCUCUGUGGAGAGGAGCCGGCUGUGCUUCGCCAUUGACACCAGAGUGGACGGGCGAACUCUGGCCUCACAAAAACACAUCUACUAUUUAUUAAUGUUUUUGAUUAUAACGCUGUCCUUCUGUCACAUGACAGAUCUGAAUGUAUUCCAUUUUAUAAAGAAUGUCAACAGAGAAAGUGA